ACUAUAGAUAGAUCCCUCACCGCGAUGCUGUUCAAGCCUCCUGAGCGGGUGCGUUUCUUGAUUUCUUGUCCCAAGUCCCGAUCUCCCGGGCAUCCAUUGCGGCCGGGCCGUGGCCGCGGCCGCCGCUUCUUCGACGGAAGACAUGGUGCGUCCUCCUCGCCCUCCACCUCCGCCCAAGGACAAGAAGCAUCCUAAGCGCCGGAUGAACAGCAAGAAGGCGGUGGAACGGUCCGCAUACUUUGCGCGGAGGGAGGCGGCUUGGGUGCUGCGACAGGUGCUGCAGGGCGACGCACGCCGGCGGGCCACCGCCUCCAUCAAAUCCCUCGUUUACGGUCCCUCCGUCCGCAAUAAGAAGGCUACCUUCGCCCUCGUCUGCCAAACUCUCAAGUAUCUUCCACUCAUGAAAGAUGUGUUAACAAGAACUAAGUUACUAACCUGCAAAUGGAAGAAGCAGGAGGAAUUGAUCUUUGUAACUGCAUAUGAUGUUCUCUUUGGACGGGAUAUUGCAAUGACAGGUGACGUUGAAAAGUUCCUUAUGCGUCACAAAGAUGCUCUUCAGGCAGCCUUAGCACAACUCUGCUCGACACAAAAAUUCAAGCAUGUUGAAGACUUACUCCUGAAAAAUCAGAAUCCAGUUAUUUCCAAACCUCGAUAUGUCCGUGUUAAUACAUUAAAAAUGGAUGUUGAAUCUGCCAUACAAGAAAUAGGAAAAACAAACAAGGUAGCGAAGGAUGACAUGGUUCCAGACAUGUUAGUGCUCCCAUCUGGGGUAGAUUUGCAUGACCAUCCGUUGGUUAAGAAUGGAAGUAUGUUUCUGCAAGGCAAAGCAAGCUCUAUGGUGGCUGUUGCAUUGUGUCCUAAACCAGGGUGGAAGGUUCUUGAUGGUUGUGCGGCUCCAGGAAACAAGACUAUUCACCUUGCUGCUCUCAUGAAGGGAAAGGGAAACAUCAUAGCAUGUGAACUUCAUGAGGAGAGGGUUAAAGUUUUACAAGAUACUAUUAGACGGUCUGGAGCACCUAAUGUGGACAUAGUUCAUGGCGACUUUUUGGAUAUAGAUACACGGGAUCCCUUGUUUGCCAAGGUUCGUGCCAUUCUCUUGGAUCCUUCCUGCUCUGGGUCUGGAAUCUCAGCCGAGAGAUUAGAUCAUCUACUUCCAUCAUUCUCUAAAGGUCAUGAUGUUGAUGCUGCUACCAGUCAGAGAGCAAAGAAGCUUGCUGCAUUUCAACGGAAAGCGCUUGCACAUGCAUUAUCAUUUCCAGAAGUUGAACGGGUGGUGUACAGCACCUGCUCAAUCUACCAAACAGAGAAUGAGGAUGUAAUCAAGUCAGUUCUCCCUCUUGCUACGUCUCUCAAUUUUGAAUUGGCAACUCCUUUCCCUCGGUGGCCUCGUCGUGGCCUACCAGUCUUUGAAGGCUGUAAGUAUUCUCAAUCUCAAGCUGAACAUGUGCUCAGGACUGAUCCAAGAGAGGAUAUGGAAGGAUUCUUUAUUGCAUUGUUUGUCAGGAAAAAGAGCAUCAAUUCUUCAGGGAAAAUGAUAAGAAGGAACAUUGGAGAAAGUUCAUCAUGUUCCACGCCGAAGAAUCAUAGGAAACGAAAACGAGUGAUGAUGUAUCCUUUCUGCAGGAUGUUACGUAUGUGGUCAUAUCAGGCAUUGGCUAGGCAAAUACCUACUGAGAGAUGAUCGAACCUGCAUAGGAACGAAAAGGAUAGUUUGGAGUAUGGUUGUUAUCAUAUCAUUGUAGUGCGAGUGUAUGAUGCCCAAUUCUUGUGGUGGUCAAUUUUUUGUAGAAGUUAAAUCUUAAUGUUCUUGUUUACUUAGCUGAAUUAUAUGCAAUUUUAAAUAAUUCUUUGCGGGUUUUGUAUAUCUGGAAUAUUUUGGGCAAUCUGUAUUCCGUGAGUCGUGGAAGAUGUAUCAUCCCAGGCUAAAAAUAUUUUGAGCUUUGCUUUCAAGUUGCCAUCAUGAUUUGAUUUAUAGCUGUGUUAUAAUUUUGACAUUAAAUAGAUGAAGAUGAUGAUUGGUAUUUGACAUAUUUAUAUCCAACGGAAGGAUUAGAUUUCAUACUCCUUUAUAACAAUGGCUAAAAGCGUUGCAUGAAACGUACCAGCCGAGCAGUUCUAAAGUUCUUGAUACUCCAUCAAAAUAAAACCUUUCAUAAAGUCACCUGUUGAGCAACGAUGCCCGUUGACUAAUUAGGGCAAUGUUGGUUGCUGAUGCAUGUUAUUGUCAUCAGGCAUCUGACCUAUGCUAUUUCAAGUAUCAAGCAUCUUUUAAAAAUUAUUCUGGUGCUUGCUUUUGCAAUUGUUGGCGAAGCUUUGCCCUUGAUGAUAUAAGACGACAAUAAGACAUACUGAUGAGCUCCUCCUUUUUUUUUUUUUCCUUAAAAAAAUAACAGUUCCGGCGUUCGUCGCACGGAUCAAUCAAAAAUACUGCAGCUUGUCAUUGUCGUCAAGGCAAUUUUCUAAUGUAUACAUAAUAAAACAAGUGAGGUUGGAAGAUACCAGUGUGAGUAAAAUAAUAAGCAAAUGGAAGGAUUAAUGCUGGGCGUCAAACAAACAUCAAUGCCAUUUCAUUACUACCAUCAUGGACACCACAAACUAACCAGAGAGGCCAUAGUAUCAGGGACGCGUAACAUAACAAACAAGAGAAGAGAGAUCAAGAAAGACUCCGACACCCUUAGCAAAAACGUAAAAAAAAAAAAAAAAAAA